CGAUGUCUGAGACGCACUUCGGCGCCGGAGCCAGUCUGUCGUCCCCGCCCAGUCUCCGCUGACGUGAUCCUGCUGCUUCUUCUGCGCGAGUGGCCUUCGUAGUCGCACUUACUGCAGCAAGAUGUACCUCCUCGUUAUUGCUGCGCUCCUGAUACCGCUGCUGUUGCACUACUGGUGGAGCAUCUGGCAGUUCUCCAAGAGGAACCUGCCUUUCUCCUGGCCGCUACCCGUGGUGGGGAACAAUCUCAGGACCUUGUUCCGUUGGACUACGUUUCCUCAUCAUGUUCUGGACCUGUACAACAAAUUUAAAGGAUAUCCAUACUGCGGUGUGUUCGAUUUCUCUUCUCGAUUGGUUAUGAUAAGAGAUCCGGAAGUCAUCAAGAACAUUACAGUGAAGGACUUCGACCAUUUCACUGAUCAUCGAACUGCAAUCCCAGAGGAAAUUGAACCCAUGAUGGCCAGAAAUGUGUUUAGUUUAAAAGGCCAAAAAUGGAAAACUGCAAGAACUACACUGUCGCCUGCCUUCACUUCCAGCAAGAUGAAGUACAUGUUCCAGCUUGUAUCGGUAUGCGGUAAACAACUGACGAGUCACAUUGACAAGCAGCUUCAGCAAGAAGAAGGUGGUGUUCUGAAGGUGGACCUGAAGGAUUUCUACACACGGUUCACAAAUGACGUCAUCGCCACUACUGCGUUCGGCAUCAGCUGCAACUCCCUCGAAGAAAAAAACAACACUUUCUACAAAAUGGGGCGGAAAGUAACACGCUUUAGUAGAGAAACGUUAUUACGUUUUCUUGCAUGUAUGUCAUUUCCUAAAAUAGUGAAGCUGCUCAAAAUGAAAGUGUUUCCGGAGGACGCCAUGAGUUUCUUCAAGCAUCUGAUAAAUGACACUGUCGAAACCAGAGAAAAUAAGAACAUAAUCCGUCCGGAUAUGAUCCACUUGAUGAUGGAAGCCAGGAAAGUACAGAAAGAUCUCACUAAUGACGACAUUGCUGCCCAGGCAUUUAUUUUCUUUUUUGCCGGAUUUGAGACAACUUCAACGUUGUUGUGUUUCUCAACGCUGCUGCUAGCCAUGCACCCUGAAGUGCAAAAGAAGCUUCAAGGCCACAUUGAUGAAGUAUUCGACGACGAGGAGCAGACCAUCACGUACGAGGCCCUGCAUGAACUGGCCUACCUGGACAUGUUCAUUUCGGAAACGCUGCGUCUUUACGCCCCGGCCAUCGCGACCGACCGCGUGUGCGUGAAGAAGUACACGAUCCCGGCAGCCGAGGGCAGGCCCCAGCUGACGAUAGAGGAAGGCGAGAUCGUCUGGAUCCCCGUCAUCGGUCUGCACAUGGACCCCGAGUACUUCCCCGACCCUAGCAGCUUCCGGCCGGAGAGGUUCAGCGAGGAGAACAAGCACGACAUUAAGCCCUUCACGUACCUUCCCUUCGGCGUGGGACCUCGCAGCUGCAUCGGUAAUAGGUUCGCUCUGAUGGAGACGAAGGUGGCACUGGUCCACUUGCUGUCUAGAUUCGACUUCCAAGUUAUCGACAAGACUCCACUCCCUAUUAAACUCACCGACACUAUGCAAGUUGAAGGAGGAUUUUGGCUCGGGCUAGCACCUAGGAAUAAGCCAACAACACAUAGUGGCCUUCGUAGUCGCGCUUACUGCAGCAAGAUGUACCUCCUCGUUAUCGCUGCGCUCCUGAUACCGCUGCUGUUGCACUACUGGUGGAGCAUCUGGCAGUUCUCCAAGAGGAACCUGCCUUUCUCCUGGCCACUACCCGUGGUGGGGAACAAUCUCGGUACCUUGAUCCGUCGGAAUACGUUUCCUGAACAGAUUCUGAAAAUGUACAAUGAUUUCAAAGGACACCCAUACUACGGCGUAUUCGAGUUUACUUCUCGAAUUGUUAUGAUAAGAGAUCCGGAAGUCAUCAAGAACAUCACAGUGAAGGACUUCGACCAUUUCACUGAUCAUCGAACUGCAAUCCCAGAGGAAAUUGAACCCAUGAUGGCCAAAAACGUGUUUGGUUUAAAAGGCCAAAAAUGGAAAACUGCAAGAACUACACUGUCGCCUGCCUUCACUUCCAGCAAGAUGAAGAACAUGUUCCAGCUUGUAUCGGAAUGCGGUAAACAAUUGACGAGUCACAUUGCCAAGCAGCUUCAGCAAGAAGAAAGUGGUGUUCUGAAGGUGGACAUGAAGGAUUUCUACACACGGUUCACAAAUGACGUCAUCGCCACUACCGCGUUCGGCAUCAGCUGCAACUCCCUCGAAGAAAAAGACAACACUUUCUACAAAAUGGGACGGAAAGUGACACGCUUAAGUGGAAAAACGUUAUUUCUUUUCUUUGCGUGUAUGUCGUUUCCCAAUUUAUUGAAGCUGCUCAAAAUUAAAGUAUUCCCAAAGGACGCCACGAGUUUCUUCAAGCAUCUGAUAUACGAUACGAUCGAAACCAGAGAAAAUAAGAACAUAAUACGCCCGGAUAUGAUCCACUUAUUGAUGGAAGCCAAGAAAGUGCAGAAAGAUCUCACUAAUGACGACAUUGCUGCCCAGGCGUUUAUUUUCUUUUUUGCCGGAUUUGAGACAACUUCAACGUUGUUGUGUUUCUCAACGCUGCUGCUAGCCAUGCACCCUGAAGUGCAAAAGAAGCUUCAAGGCCACAUUGAUGAAGUAUUCGACGACGAGGAGCAGACCAUCACGUAUGAGGCCCUGCAUGAACUGGCCUACCUGGACAUGGUCAUUUCGGAAACGCUGCGUCUGUACACCCCGGCCGUCGCGACCGACCGCGUGUGCGUGAAGAGGUACACGGUCCCGGCGGCAGAGGGCAGGCCCCAGCUGACGAUAGAGAAAGGCGAGAUCGUCAUGAUCCCCGUCAUCGGUCUGCACAUGGACCCCGAGUACUUCCCCGACCCUAGCAGCUUCCGGCCGGAGAGGUUCAGCGAGGAGAACAAGCACGACAUCAAGCCCUUCACGUACCUGCCCUUCGGCGUGGGACCUCGCAGCUGCAUCGCUAACAGGUUCGCUCUGAUGGAGGCGAAGGUGGCCCUCGUUCACUUGCUGUCCAGAUUCGACUUCCAAGUUAUCGACAAGACUCCACUGCCUAUUAAACUCACCGACGCUAUGCAAGUUAAGGGAGGAUUCUGGCUCGGCCUGGCACCUAGGAAUAAGCCAACAACACAUUAAAAUUGUCAUAACUCAAGAUGAAUGACUAUAUACAAAAUAUUAUAUUUUUAACAUGGGUUAUUAUACAUUGUUGUCUUUUUGGUGUAUAAAGUGAUAUUUUUUUAGUCAAA